UAGAAGUCCAAGAUUCAACAAUUGUCCUUAAAAGUCACCAAUUUGAGGCCAAAAGUUGGGCUACACUUAUUAUAUUGCUUCUAGAGGAGGCGAUCCGUCUACAGCGCACCCUCCUGCCGAUCCGCAGCGGAUUCUGCGACGCUCCAGCCCUGUUCCACUCUUCUGCGUCCCACGCCGCUUUUCAGACCGAUCUAGAUAAAAGAAAACAGGAAAACGGCAGCAUACCCGCACCAAGACUCCUUUGAAAGACGUAUUUCCUGCUGAUACUCUCUAAUCGAGACGGAGCGCUACUUACAGGCGCAGACCUCUGCCCUGACUGGGACGUCUGUUCACCUCCCGCUAUUCUGUGCUUGGCGUGCGGAUCCCACCUGCCCCUCGCUCAGCAGCGUGUCUGUCUCUGUCACCUGCAGGAUCAGCUCCGUCCCUCCUUCCAUCCAGGCUCCUUUUAUUUUGGCUUCAAUCAGCCUCUGCUGACACCUGCGCGCAGCAUUUGCGGAGCGCAAAUGCGCUCCGCCUCCUUAGACAACCGGCUUCAGCCCAGCUUGGAUUGUUAAAGGAGGAAAAUCAAAAAACAAAACAAUCCAAAUAUGCAAAGCACAGCAAAAAAUUAAAAUAAAAGAAAAACAUAAUCAUAUUUCCCCCUGCUUUUCCCUAUUUUCCCCUGGGAAUGUAGUGUUGGUGCGUGCAACACACGCACCAACACUACAUUCCCCACAAUGCAACGGUAGCCCGCGAAGUCACAGCAGCGCCAACAAGCGGCUUCAUUGUUCAUCAGCAGUCAGAGCAGAGAUCAACUUUCAGGUACCCCCCUCCUUAAAAAUGGCUAAACGCAAGGUGGAUGCUGAGAAUAGAGGGUUUCAAGCAAGGUGGGAGGCAGACUACAUGUUUACAGAGGUAAAAGGCAAACCUGUGUGUCUUCUGUGUGGAGAAAGUUUGGCUGUAAUGAAAGAAUAUAAUCUAAGAAGGCACUAUCAAACUUCUCAGAAACACACAGACAAAGACAAGAAUAUGAACACGGAACAAAGGCUACAGAAGGUGGAAGAAUUAAAACGAGGCCAUAAGUCCCGGCAGGCUAUGUUCACAUUUGCCAAAUCACAAAGCGAGGCUGCUGUCAAGGCUAGCUUUAUUGUGGCAAAAGAGGUCGCAAAAUCAGCCCGGCCCUUUACAGAAGGAGAGUUUAUCAAAAACUGUAUGCUCAAAGUUUGUGACGCAGUGUGCCCAGACAAAAGACAACUAUUUUCAAACGUGAGCUUGAGCAGAAACACCGUUGCUGAACGUGUAGACCAGCUUUCCACCAAUAUAAAAGAACAACUUGUGAGAAAGGCAAAAGAUUUCAUUGCAUAUUCUCUUGCUGUGGAUGAAAGCACGGAUACAUCUGACAUUGCCCAGCUGUCAGUUUUCAUCCGUGGAGUAGAUUCCAGCCUGAGCAUAACCGAAGAGUUUUUGGCAUUACAUCCUAUGCAUGGCACAACUACAGGGCAGGAUUUGUAUGAAGAGGUAUCCAGAUGUGUAACUGAGAUGGGGCUGCCUUGGGAAAAACUUGUGGGAUUAACCACAGACGAAGCACCCGCAAUGUGUGGGCACAGGAGUGGAUUGGUGGCAAGGAUCCGUGCGAGGAUGCGGGAGGAAAACGUUGCAGAUGAGCUGACAGCUUAUCACUGCAUCAUACACCAGGAGUCAUUGUGUGGGAAAGCCUUAAAAAUGGAACAUGUAAUGACCACCAUAACCCGAGCAGUUAACAUCAUCAGAGCCAAAGGUUUAAAUCACCACAAGUUCAAGGCAUUUCUGGGCGAGUUAGAGACAGAGUACGGUGAUUUACCGUAUCACACAGAGGUGCGAUGGCUAAGCCAGGGAAAGGUGCUGCAAAGAUGCUUCGAGCUGCGCGAGGAGAUCUGUCUGUUCAUGGAAAGCAAGGGGAAAGACACAACAGAGCUCCGAGAUGAAACUUUCCUGUGUGAAAUGGCAUUUCUCUGUGACAUCACGAGCCAUCUGAAUGUGAUGAAUCUGCAGCUGCAGGGACGGGGACGUGUCAUCUCUGAUAUGUACAGUACAGUGAAGGCCUUUAAAACCAAGCUGAGUCUGUGGGAGAUGCAGAUGAGGAAAGAAAACUUAAGCCACUUUUCCAGCUGCCAGACCAUAAAAGAGAAGCUUUCCACCGCUGUGUUCCCGAGUGUACAGUUUGCUGAUAAACUCAACCUACUUGCCGCCGACUUCCAACGCCGAUUUGCUGAUUUUGAACCCCAAAAAAGCAGGUUUCAACUGCUCAGCAAUCCUUUUGCAGUUGAUGUAGAAAGCGCACCACCAAAUCUACAAAUGGAGUUAAUUGAGCUCCAGUGCAAUGACACACUGAAGGAAAAAUAUGAGAGAGUGGGUGCUGCUGAGUUUGCACGUUUCAUCCCCGACACAAUGCCCCAGUUGCGCAUCCAAGCUGCUCGGACGCUCUCCAUGUUUGGCAGCACAUACCUGUGUGAACAACUAUUCUCUUUAAUGAAGCUAAACAAAACAUCACACAGGAGCCGUCUUACUCAUAAUCAUCUUCACUCAAUCCUGAGGAUUUCCUCAGCUCAGAGCCUAACCCCAAAUAUUGAGGAACUGGUACAAAAGAUGAGACAUCACCAAGUAUCAGGCUCAGCCUCAGACAAGUGA